AUUUGAACGAACAAUUAAGCACCUGCUGUUACGUAAAAUCAUAAUAAUCACCAUCUCUCUCUCUCCCCCCCCUUUUCUAAAUGCGCAGAAGCAAGAACCAUCACAACCAGGAACAGGGCCUCUUCGAUCUCUUUCUUUAACACUCUCCAAGAAACAAGAGAACCCACCAAAAAUGCGGGGUUUAUGGCCCCCUUUCCUCGUCAUUAUAAUAGUAUCAUUCAUGUUUGUGUCGGCGGUUUACUGUGCUAGUCUUCUCCAUCUGGAGAGGGCUUUUCCUUUAAACAACCACGGUCUUGAACUCCAUCAACUCAGAGCUCGAGACCGACUCAGACACGCCCGUCUUUUACAAGGCUUUGUUGGCGGCGUUGUCGACUUCUCUGUUCAAGGUUCCUCCGAUCCUUACCUCGUCGGGGUCACGGGAACUUCAGAGACCUUACUUUAUUUUACAAAAGUGAAAUUGGGCUCUCCUCCUAGAGAAUUCAAUGUGCAGAUUGAUACUGGAAGUGAUGUCUUGUGGGUCUGCUGCAAUUCCUGCAACAACUGCCCGCGUACUAGUGGCCUUGGAAUUCAGCUCACUUUCUUUGAUUCCAGCAGCUCAUCAACUGCUGGGCAGGUCCGCUGUUCAGACCCGAUCUGCACUUCAGCAGUUCAAACCACAGCAACCCAAUGCUCUUCUCAGACUGAUCAGUGCAGUUAUACAUUCCAAUACGGAGAUGGAAGUGGGACAUCAGGCUAUUAUGUCUCCGAUACACUUUAUUUUGAUGCUAUUUUGGGGCAGUCACUGAUCGAUAACUCCUCAGCUCUCAUUGUCUUUGGGUGCAGUGCCUACCAGUCCGGGGACCUGACUAAGACUGAUAAAGCAGUUGAUGGGAUUUUUGGAUUUGGCCAGGGAGAACUCUCUGUUAUAUCACAAUUAUCGACCCGAGGGAUAACACCCAGAGUAUUCUCGCAUUGCUUGAAAGGAGAUGGCAGUGGAGGUGGUAUACUGGUUCUUGGUGAGAUUCUGGAGCCAGGCAUCGUUUAUAGUCCACUUGUCCCGUCACAGCCUCAUUAUAAUUUAAAUCUACAAAGCAUUGCUGUUAAUGGGCAAUUGUUACCAAUUGAUCCGGCAGCAUUUGCAACAUCGAAUAGCCAAGGAACAAUUGUUGACUCUGGAACAACUUUGGCGUACCUAGUGGCGGAAGCUUAUGAUCCUUUUGUUAGUGCUGUGAAUGCCAUUGUCUCGCCAUCUGUUACUCCUAUGACAUCUAAAGGAAACCAGUGUUAUCUUGUCUCCACCAGUGUAUCUCAGAUGUUCCCCCUGGCCAGUUUUAACUUUGCUGGGGGUGCAUCCAUGGUGUUAAAACCAGAAGACUAUCUUAUACCUUUUGGUUCCAGUGAGGGUGGUUCUGCGAUGUGGUGCAUUGGUUUUCAGAAAGUUCAAGGAGUAACUAUCCUAGGAGAUCUUGUUCUGAAAGAUAAGAUUUUUGUAUAUGAUUUAGUAAGACAGCGGAUUGGUUGGGCUAACUAUGACUGCUCCUUAUCUGUAAAUGUUUCGGUUACUUCUAGCAAGGACUUCAUCAAUGCAGGACAGCUGAGUGUGAGCAGCUCGUCAAGGGACAUCAUGCUCUUUGAGCUGCUACCUCUGACCGUUAUGGUUUUCUUAAUGCACAUAUUAUUGUUGGAGUUCCAAUUUUUGUAAUCUAAGCCUCAAAUUAAGUUUCAUUCUUUGUUCAGUCUUCAUUGUGCGUUGGCUUGGCUGGUUUUUAUUUAUGAUGACCGGCAAGGCAGCAUUGUGAUGUUUAUUUGGACUGCAGAGGGUAGCGGUCCCUUACCUUGUUACAUAAUUCUUCUCGAGUUCUGGUGAUUGGAGCAUCUUCUAUACUUCUGGCGGGGAACUCUUUUUCUUGUAAAGAAUCCUCCAUAUUAAGCAGUGCAAGAAUUGUAAACUAUCUCCACAUUGGAAGUGUUGUAUCAGUGUAAUUGUUACCAUUGGAACUAGAAUAUACAACCUUUUUUUUCCUUUUUCCCAAA